AGGCGGUUCUGGCUGGAUACUCGCCACCAUGGAGUAAACCACAUGCACACCACCUCUCCCCCGCAGACUCCCCAAUCUGGUCGGCGUCUAAGCCCCGAAUUUUUAAGAGAUGUGUCUCGAGGUUCCAUGACUGGAUUCGGUGCUGGGCUCGUGGUAUGCUUCUUCUCGAGGGUUAUCGCUAUGCUUGCCGGCGCAACCAUCUUGACACUUCAUGUGAGU